UCCGUUCUAAAAUUUUCAUCUCUCAUUUUAUUCCUUUUUUAGGAGCCCUUUCCAUCUUCUCAGAACUUCCAAUACGCAUCAUAUUAAUAAAGCAUCCAUCAACAUAUGAGAAUAAGAUUCUUCCUUGAUUUAUUUUGCUUAAUUUCUGAGCAGCAGCUACUAGAGCAUCUUCAACAUGGAGUGAGAAUCAGGCUUUGAAUCAGCAUGGAAAAUGAAGGAACUCAUCAAAAAGUAUGAGUAGAAGUGACACCAUUAUCACUGUAAGGAUAUAUUCUUGCUUACACCCACAUGAACAGAACAAAUGAAUUCCCGAAGUUGACAUAUGAAGCAAUAUUUGCACCCCGAAAAAGAAAAGUAUUUUACAUGAUCAAUUGAAGAGGAAGGUGAAACCAUCAUGAGCCGCAACAUGAACAAUUUCACACCUUUGCCAGGGUCAUGGCAAAGAGGUUUUAGAUCCUUUGAUGACCACACUUUCAAUCAUCGUGAAUCCAAUGAGGUGCCUGUGUUUUACAGAUCUCACUCUACUCAUGCCACCCAGGAUGGCAGAAGUUCGUGUGUAUUAGCUCGAGAACGAUUUUCGGACUUCAGAAAUCCUUUAGGAUUCCACAGUAUACCAAAUUUUCCUGCACCACCACCUAGAAGACAACAAAUUCAUGCUCACAAUGAGGAUAUCGGAAGGCUAAGAGAGAUUUUCCUUCACCCCCCUCAAAGAUCCACAUUCCAAACAAGCACACAAGCUCUCCCGGUGGUAGAAAUUACCAAAUCAACAGCUUUGAGCAAGCUCAAGAAAGUAGUCUAUGACCCUCCCCCAAAGAGGUAUGCUAGGAGGGUGAGCUUAUACUACAGAAACAAUGCCGCAAAGCCUUUGAAAGAGAAGCAGGGAGAAAAUGAUGAAGAUAGAAAGAGUUGUGCUAUUUGUCUAGAAGAUUUUGAUCCCAGUGAAGAGGUGAUGCUCACUCCAUGCAACCACAUGUUUCAUGAGGAUUGUAUAGUACCAUGGCUAACAAGUAAGGGCCAGUGCCCAGUUUGUAGGUUUGUGAUUUGUGAGAUUGGAAGGGGGAAUCAUUCAUCCUUCAAUAACAAUGACAUUGCAAAUUUGGAACCUAGCAACUUGAUUAAUGGAGAGCUUUUGUCAAUUUUGAGGGCCAUGGAAGAAGCUUUUCAAUUGGGAAGAAUGACUUACUAAUGUACACACAAGAAUUUGCUAGAGUUGGGAGAUUGAUUUAUUUGUAGCUUAUUCCAACAUAUACACUGAAUUUACUAUGAUAUUUGAUAGGUAGAACUUGUGAGUGAUAUAAAAAUUAAUGAGAUAAGAUUGGAAACCAUUUUGUUAUCCAAUAUUUUUCAGAGUA